AUGCGCCUCAACCUCGUUAUCCAGCGACACGGCCUCCCGAUUACGCGUAUUCUCUGGACAACAUCGUUGCCGUCUUUUCUUGGAGGAAGUGCGUUGGGGUCAUCAUACGUACCUGCAUCAUCGUCGGUUAUUGCUUCAUCACGGGCCCCUAAUGCGGCAUACGCGAAUGGGUACACGAUUGCGCAGCUUUUGGAAGACGUGAAUGAAGUUGUCCCGCUUGAGACAGGUGUAGAUCUUGGGGGCGAUGGACACAGUGGUGUUUGGGGACUUGAAGAUUACGUUGUAGAAGUUGGUGGGUUUGAGUGUCUACACUUCAUGGAGGUGGAAGGAUUACUUAGGGAUGGUGAUGAGGUUGUGAUCCGCGCUCUCCAGACAUCGGAUUUACGAGCCAGACGACUUUCCGGGCGCCACCAGAUUUCGGUUGACGGUAGACAUCUCAUCGACGGAGUGCCAUUUGGAAGAUCGUUCUUGAAAAGGUCAACAUCUUCAAGACCCGCAAUCGCAAUUCCUCCAAGGAAAAGGAGAAGGACUACUCUCUCCAAUUGGCAACUCCCCGAUACCUACGGGGCGGAGGGUGAAGACUGUGCUCCUCUGGGACACGAAGACACGGAUAGAUCAUUAGCGAACGAUGAAUAUGUUGAUGAAGGAACGGUUAUUAGGCACAACGUGGAAGCGGAUGAAGAUUCCCAGCUUUCUGAAAGUGAUGCCGACUACGCUGAAGAUGAGGAAGAAAAUUUACAAGAAGAGUUGUCAGGUUUAAAGGAAGAUAUGGAAACUUCCGGUCUUCGUGGAGAUAUUGAAGAGGAUGAGCAACGAGCCAGUGCCGGAUACGCUUUACGCUUGAGGUCCAGCUCGGGUGAGGAACCAUCAGAUGAGGUUCCCGCGCAGAGUGCGUCGCCUGCAACCACCCUUAGUGUCGCCGAAAAACAGCCUGGAAUGGACUUCAGACCCAGAGCAUUACGCUUGAGAUCGAGCUCUAGGCCGAAAGCUUUGAGCAAGAGCCCCGCAGCGAAUCCUCCUUCUAUAGUGUCAAGCGCCGCUCGUUCCUCUAGAACAGAUUAUUCGCCAAAGGGGUCUAAACUGGUCAGGUUUCGGAAUGAGAAUAAAGAGCCUUUGCCUCCAACGUCUCUGAAGAAGGGGGCUUAUGCGUCAGGACAGCCAUUGCUCGCAAGGGCUGUUGUUCCUGGUGAUGAAGUUGAACCUACGCUUAGCGAUUCCACGUCUUCCACGAGCGUGUCGAGCGACACGUCCUCUAAUGAAGAUGACUCGGAAUUAGAGUCCGAGAUAGAAGAAGCAACUGAAACAGAAGAAGAAGACUCGAUGUCCGAAACUGAUGACGACUCAACUUCUGAGUUGGAAGCAGUAUCUAAAUCAGAGGAUGAGGAAAUGUCUGAAUCGGAAGUAUCAGAGGAUGAAGCAGUUCCUACAGUUGUUUCAAAAGGAAAACCACGUCCUGAAACGAGCGCACCUGGGAAUGGUUCAUUGAGAACGAAGAAAAACAAUAGACGCUGUAAACUUCGGCGCAGAUUGUCGAAGUUGAAGGAGUUGGGUGCUCUGCCUCCCAAUGCAGACUUCGCUGCGUUGCGAGCUUGGGAAUCUGCCAAUGGGAGAUGGUAUGAGCCACCAGAAACUAAGCCACCUGGGACCGAAGAUACGUACGCGGAAGCUUCAGCCAAAAAGAAAGAGCAGGAGGAAUUUGAAGAAAAGAGACAGAAACUAUUACGUCAAUUGGAGUCUGGCGGCAUUGACAUGGAUGGGAUUUCUGAAGAAGACCGUGUUUCACCCCCUGCUCUUGAAGAGGAUACCCAAAUGACUACCGAAACUGCCGAAGAAGUCGGUGCUCAGCCAGUCAAUGAAGCAGAAGCUCGAUUAGAAUCUGAGCUUUCGAAACGGCGUACGCUGGACCUAGCAAGCUCCAAACGAUUACUGUUUGGGUCACUCGGUGUGAGGGCCCCUCGAUCCAAGGAAGAGGAAGAGGUUACUCGGAAGAAGCUUGCAGGGAAAGCGAACCACUUCCAGUCCAGGAGGCGAUCGUCUGUACCAGAUUCCGCCCCCGAAGCCGAAGGUGACUUGGAGGUCAACUGGCAGGAUAAGUUGGUUAUCAAAGCCACGGAGUGUAUCUUCGAUGACAUUGAAUUGACAGCGCCUCCCUUCCCAUUUGAGCAACGGUGGGAUUCUGAAGCGCAUGGCAUCAUAAGACAGCGCAAGGGUCGGGGGAAGGGGAAAAAGCGGAGACGCAGGGCUCGGAUUUACGAGGAAGAAAGUUGGGAAGAAGACUAUGAAAACGGCUUUAAUGGCUACGAGAAUGGCGAUGUGCAACUCAACUACGAUGACACUGAGCAGACGAACGAUGAUGAAAAUUCAGGCAAUGCGAUCGAAGUUGAGCAGAAUAGUAAACCUCCAAAAUCUCCUUCGGAAGAUCUUCCUGUCCUUUCAGAUGAUCUGAGCUCGGUCCCCGAUCUUGUGGAAAGCGAGAUUAAACUAGGGUCAAUCAUUGCGUAUAAGCAACUCGAUAUGUCCAAAGCCACGAAUUGGCAACCCAAGGUAUCCGAUUACCGAGUCGCGGAGGUCCACGAGGUUCUGGAGGAUGGUGUGGCUAAGGUCCGGCUUGCGAAGCGCGACCGGAUGAAGCCGGUGGAUAAUGCUGACGAGGAUGGGCCCCGUGAAUACAGUGGAUUUGAGAUGCCGGGAUAUGAAGAUAAUGAGACUGAGGACGAUGGUUUCCGGGAAGUUUCAUUUGGAGAAUUGAUUGAGCCGAAACUCUUACGGCCUGCAGCUCGUACUGACCCUGAUGCUGCGGAGCCAGAAGAUGCUCAAGGAGUCGACAUGUCCUGCGAUGCGCAAGAUUCUGCGGGAAAUCUGCCAACAGUUGAUUCUAGAGUCGAUAGUCACAACAUGUCUACCGUUCAAGAGAUACAGGAUACAGGCCGAUCAGCACAAGUUCUCGAUAGGAUAGAACUCGUUUCCAAUAAUGGCCGGAGGAACACCCAUGAUGAUAGCGAACAAGGCUCCGAUUCCGUUGCAAUCAGGUCCCCAGAGUUUGUAGGAUUCGAAUCAUCUCCAGCGCCAGAUACAACGUUAGGCGUGGACAAAGGCCAACAAGGCGGUAUACUCAACAACACAUCUUCCCCAGGCGAUGCGAAAGAAGAUAGCAGGGAAAUAUCUGGCUCUUCUUCCCUUAAACCUAACGCCGUUGACGCAGCGCAGAGCUCGCCCCAUUCUCCUAUGCCAUCUGAGGAAGACGCCGACCAGAACCGGCAGAGAGACUCUAGCCCCGAACGAAACCUGAGUCAGUUCGAACGCAUGCUGGGAAUAUUCAAUGUCGAGCGCUCCGUCACAAGCUCUCCUCAGUCAUUGAAUGGAGAGAGUCACGGCUCUGACGGUUCACAGUCUCCCUCUGAGGCGGGUUCUUCUCCGUCUGGCUCGAAUCUGGAGAUGAUCGGAAUCGGAUCUCAACCGGAUAGGCGCGACCGCACAGAAAGCCGGAGGUCAGGCAGCGCACUACUGAACCCAACCCAAACCUCUGAAGUCGUGCACCUUACUGGGCCGAGCCCACCGGCGUCUCCUGCAUUAGAAAUAGAGUGUGAUCCUGAAUAUACCGAGUCCCCCCGACUUCCUAAUGGACCGGGUUGGGUGCAGAAGAGCAAACCGGCUAGUCGCCAACAUCCCAGGCCGUCUAUGCGACGCGUGCAGACCCUGAAGGAGGUGAGUAUUAGUCCACCGCAAAAGAGGAGUUCACUGCGGAAGCGCAUGCGUGAGAAGGGACAUUAG